CAUCAAUGGACAAGAUCUGGCACCAACCUCAUAUUUUGUUACAUGUUGUUUUCCCCUUCUCUUCUGUUAACGGCAACAUGGCUUGUCCCAGUUACACAUCAAGAUUGUACUCUCGAAUUCAACACGACCAACAGUCCUAGCGCUCAAGAAUGGAAACGGGCUGCAUAUUGUUCAAUAGCAAAAGCGAGAAAAGAUGAAGGGGAAGAAAAAGAAGCGAAUCGUCACCGUGGUAUAUAUCAAACGACAAAAACAGACAACCACACGCUAUGCAACAAGAUAAAAUCCCUCCAAUACAUCUAGCACACGUACUCUCUCUCUCUAGACAUUUCCUCCCUCAUCUCA